CUCACCACCAACAUUUGCUAUCACGAUUGCUGAGCAAAAGUUGCCACAUUUCAGCACUGCAGGACCAUCUGCCACCUACCACCAAAAUGUCCGCCAACCGCACGUGCGACCACGAUGCCCUCCCCGACCUCCGAGGCAUCCCCGGUCUACCUAUGGACCGCAGCGUUUUCGUUAUUCCCAACUGGAACGAAUCGUUUGUGGGUAUGACCAAGUGCUGUGCCCCCAACGAGGUGCACAUCAGUGGCGAUUACGGGUUCGAAGGAUGCGUCUUGUGGUGCUUGAUUCCAGACAGCUUUCUCAAAACACAAAAUGGGCAGAAGCUCGAGGAGGGUGCGGUUCUUGACGGAAUGAGCCACUGUAUAAGGGCUAAGACUGGAAUCUCGAGGUAUAUUAGUGGCGGCCAAGUGAAGAACAACGCGGCAAGUUUGAGGACGACAUUGUUCGGGGUAGGAGUUUGGGCCCUGUUGGCUGUUGGAAUGCUGGUGUGAAUUGGCAUUGUGUGGUGUGUGUAGUCGAGUGCAAAGUUUGCACUAGCAUUUUAAGCGGGAGAGCGCGUGCAUUGCACCAACUUUAAGCGCAUUAUUACAAAGGUUGAUUUUGAGUAGAAGUUAGCAGGUGCAAAGUUUGUAUCAACUUGUAAGCGGGAGAAUACGCACAUUGCACUGGCGCUUGAACGGGAGAGUGCGUGCGUUGCAAA